AUGGCAUCUUUUAAGCCAAAGAAACUACUCUCGCCUCCAGAAAAGGGUUCAGACUUUGCAUUCCCAUUUGUAUCGUACGACAUUCAGCUAGACUUCAUGCAAACGCUCUACACCGUGCUGCAUACGGGUGGUAUCGGAAUUUUCGAAAGUCCCACCGGGACCGGCAAAUCGUUGAGUCUCACGUGUGGAACGUUAACAUGGUUGAAGGACUAUUCUCGGCUGGUUGAAGAAGAACUGCAUGAAACGAUUGGCCGGUUGCGAGCUGAUAUAGCACGACUGGAGAAAGAGAACGCAAUAACCAGUGAUUGGAUUACGGGACAGUUCAAUGCGAUGGGUCAGCGAAAAGAGCUUGAUGUGUUGAACGGGUUUAAACAAUCGAUAGAAGAGCAUCAACAGAAUCUGAUACAGAUGAAGGAUCAAGCUGUUCUACACAAGAUUCGAUGGGAGAAGAAGGUUCGUUCGAAUGAUGAUCCGCUAAAGGAAGAACCACCGCAACAGGAUGUUACGAUCGAUGAGGAUGAAUUUUUACUUCCGGAAGAAGGUGACGAUAGCGACGAAGAGCCGGAAGCGGACAGUCACAAAGAGCAAGAGGAACGCUACCGUCCAGUGCAAGUGAUUUAUUGCAGCCGAACCCAUUCACAGUUGUCUCAGGUGGUUAACGAGGUGAAGGAAACGGAACACGCAAAGGAUCUGCGUCUCGUGUCGCUUGCAUCACGACAAAACCUUUGCAUCAAUCCGGAGGUACGAAAGCUGAAGACAAAUACGCUUAUAAACGAACGAUGUUUGGAGUUGUUGAAGAAAGGAGGAAAAAGCAAACCGGAUGAUGAGGGACGUAGUACGAAGAAACGAAGGAAACUGGCACAAUCUUGCCCGUACUACAACCAACGGGCGAUAGAAGGAUUAAAAAAUGGCAUCCUCUUCGAAGUGCCCGAUAUAGAGGAUCUUGUAAAGGCAGGCAAACAUGAGAAUGCUUGCCCAUAUUACGCCACCCGUGCAGCCAUUCCCGAUGCACAGCUGUUGAUGGUGCCUUACCAGCUAAUUCUGCACCGGCGCACACGUCAGCAAUCCGGGAUAGAGCUGCAAGAUUCGAUCCUUAUCAUCGACGAGGCACACAAUCUGCUCGAUACGAUCGCUGCCAUUCACAGUCAAGAAGUACGCCAAGAACAGUUACGACAGGCAAAGCUGCAUCUGUCGGCCUACAAGGCACGCUAUUUUUCUCGAUUUUCCACCAAGAAUCUUCUCCGCAUUAAUCAGCUCAUCUUUAUCGCUACCCGGUUGGAGAAAUUACUAUCCAGUGAUGGUGGCAAAUCGUCACGAAUGAUUCAAACGCAGGAGCUUUUACUCGAAGCGGAUAUAUUUAAUUUGAAUCUGUUAGAUAUAGUUUCCUUCUGUGAUCGGUCACGCUUGGCGCAGAAGGUGCAUGGGUUUGCCCAAAACUCGCCACGGGAGUUGAACGAACAGAACGUUCCAUCGGUCCGAGGGAAAGUUGGCACCAGCUCGAAAGGAUCGACGAGUGCUUUAAAAUCGUUGCUAAUGAAUCUCGAGCAAGAUAGUAAAAGCAAAGCGCAACUGAGGAAGGACGGACGAGCGGCAUCGAAAUCGGUCGUGACUGAUCAGGAAAAUGAUCAGCAACUGCAAGUAAAACCACCGGUAACGAAUGCGAUAAGGCCGUUGAUUAAUUUUCUCGAGUGUUUGCUGGAAGAUGGCACAGGUGAUAGUCGCAUUUUGUUGUCGUUUGAUGGAAAAGAUCCGUCACAAGCGAGUAUGAAAUAUCUGCUAUUGAAUCCGGGUGCACGGUUUGAAGAGAUCGUUAAAAGCUGUCGAUCGGUUGUGUUGGCUGGAGGAACGAUGCAACCGACGGAAGAAUUGACAGAACAAGUAUUCCGCCAUCAUCGGGAGCGAGUAACAAUUAAAAGCUAUCCCCAUGUCGUUCCGAAAGAUGCUGUCCUACCGAUUGCGCUUGGGCGUGGGCCAACUGGAAAGGAAUUUCUGUUUAAUUUCGCUAACAAACAAAACGUAGGAAUGCUGGAAGAGCUUCAAUCGACACUACUAAACCUUUGCCAGGUGGUUCCAAAUGGUGUUGUGGUGUUUUUUAGUUCGUACGAUUUUCUGGAUAACUUUUUCCACAAGCUAGAAGACUCCGGAAAUCGGGCACGCCUAGAAGAGCGUAAGAACGUGUUUCGAGAGCCAAAAACAUCCGGCCAGGUAGAACGUAUUCUGCACGAUUACGCACGUGCCGCACGAUCGGCCACCGGUGCCAUACUGUUCAGCGUGGUCGGUGGAAAGCUAAGCGAAGGAUUAAACUUUUCCGACGAGCUUGGCCGGUGUGUGGUGGUGGUCGGUUUGCCGUACCCGAAUCGUACCAGCCCGGAGCUGAACGAACGGAUGCGUUACCUCGAUCGGUGCCUAACGUCGUCCGGUACCGGACCAUCACCCGGUAGUGAGUAUUAUGAGAAUCUAUGCAUGAAAGCCGUCAACCAGUGUAUUGGUAGGGCAGUGCGACAUGUACGGGACUAUGCGGCAGUGCUUUUGAUCGACACACGGUACUGUACGGGUGACCGGAUAAGGCGCAAGUUGCCGGUCUGGAUCUCGGAACGUAUGGAGUGUGUGGAGCUGCGGUACGGGCAGGCGCACGGUAUGCUGGUGAAAUUUUUCCGUCAACAUAAAGCAAAAGCGUGA